AUGGCGCAACCUUUGGUCAAUGACAAGCCGUUGAACGGUCGCGUCACCAGCAUCGAGAUUGCUGAGAGUCUCCGCCAAAGCGACCGAGCUGGACAACGCAGCAAAGCCAUCCCAACGUUCGGCAAAUACUUACGGCGCGGCGACCCGCUUUCAGCCAACAUGGGACGCCAUCGGUGGCGCAGCAGGCUCGGCGCACAGCGACGGCCCAGAAGGCAAGAGACCGCGAGACGCACAGCAAUGGGUGAGCUUGUGGCCAUAUUGUAUGGAACUGCCAACCCCGAUAAGAGACCUUUACAGCCGUUUUAUCAGUACAUCCUUCCUGCGUGCGACCAUGCGGUCGUUCAGCAAUGGGAGUCGAAGGUUGCUUGGACAUUCCAUCAGCAGAAAAGCCUGCUCCUUGCCCAUCGAGAACCAUACGAAAGGCGGAUCCUCAAUGACAUCUUCUCGCCUGGCGCAGACUUGACAAUCGCUGACACGAAGAAACUCGUGGGUGGAAACAUUGCAUUUUCCAGGGUUAUUUUGGAGAAGCUCGGAACCGUGGAUGGCAACGCCCGCAUUCCAUGCGACACUUUCACUGGACUGAUCAUGCCCGUACUCAAGCGCCAACUUCAUAGGAGGUAUGACGACGAGUCGCGUGACGAGUGGCUCGGUCUUGUCAUUCGCAUCAUUCAAAACCACCCGGCCGAGUUUAAAACAAAUUUGACGCUCGAAACGGGUGGUCUCAUACGCUACAUCAUCCAGCGAUGGGUCGACACCGGCAGAGACCGAAAGGUGCUGGAGAAGUACCUGGCACAAGUCCUGUCGUUGCGCGAGCCCAACGAGCGAAACAUGCUGAACACCAUUUACAUUUCACUGGAUGCUCCCAAGCGACUCAACCCGAUCACCCGCUACCAGCUUCUACGUUUGUUUUUUCAGCACAUGCGGGAGUUCCAUCUUGACCUUGAGGAUCAAUCCCCUACAGGACUUGCAAAGCUGAAGGCGGUGUCAUCCACCCCCGGCACGUGGCCUAUUGAUCUUCUGUUGUCCAUCGACAAGGCCAAGGCCUUUGAUCUUGUGGAAAAUCUCGAGAAGCUGCACCCUGGGAGGAACUUUCUCAUGUGCCCUUCGCGGCAUUCGAUCCUCCAACAAACUCGGGAGCUGGGUCAAAUCGAGGGCGAUGUUGAAAUUCUCAAGACAUUACUUUCACGAGCUCUACCAGACAGAGACCUAAAUUGGAUGUCUAGGGUUAAAGAAGUUGUUAAAGAACGCAGGAAGAAGGCGACAGAGUCACGCGGGCCAGAAGGUCGGGCCUUUUGGGCAAAAUCGACUUUCAACCUCUGUGUUGCUACGGGUAACCUCGAAUUAUUGUUGGAGACGACCAGCUGGGCCCGCCGCUUCAACAAGGACUCCCUUGCUACAUUUGAGCUUUACAACAAAGGUCUUUUGAGCACAGAAGAAUUCGAAAACUUGAUGUGCGCCAUCCCGAAACACGAAAGUGAUGACACCGCACCGGUUGCCACUGUUGAUAUGGUAAAGAGGGACAUUGACCUUGCCGAUCAACUCCUGAUCAUGCUUACUCAAACGGCUAUCAUGGCCAUCUCGGAGCCUGGAUUUCAGCGCAACAGAUGGACUCAACUUCUUCACCUUCCCAGGGUUGUCGCAGACGCACGCCUCGCCAUCUCGAAUGACUUUGAUGCGAUUUCAAAGUCAUCUGAUCCAGGCACCUUGACAGCUAUCGUCUGGAAGCCCACCAUGGCUACACUUCUCAAAGUGGAAGCCUUAUUACGGUCACCUGCCGCCCAGGCAUUACUUGGUCCAACAAAACAGAUUGAGGCGCCGGCGGUGGAAAUCCUGCGGAGACUUCCGUAUGCCACGGCAGCGGUAAAGGCAGAUCUGGUGGAUCAUUUCAUUAAGGGAAUCAUCGCUCACUUAGGCCCUCAAGCUCUGAAGCCGCAGAUGAGUAGUAUUGUCAGCGUUGUCCUCCAGGUCGCCCACAGCGAUCAACCAUCUCUUGCCAGCCCUUUUAUACGCGACAUCAUCAAGAACGGAGACGACAGUUCGUGGCAUCGCCGCGUUCUCAACAUAGGGUUCCUCCAAUCGUUGCCAGCCACAGCCGCUCGUGAGUUUGUCGAAGGUAUGGCGGACGCCAUGCAUGAACUCAUGAAGAGUCAGAAUGCCCGGCCCUGGGUGGAAGGUCAGCCCCCCGCUAUCAAAGUGACAACUAUCAAGAUGAUGGCGCAGGUACUCGAGGGUAACCUGUUUCUUGAUCCUGCGUUGUCUUGCAGGAUCCUUGUCACUCUUCUCGCAGAGGCUCGCCAUAUUGACGCCCGUAUGACUAUCGUCAGCAGCCUUCUUACUACCGUCAUGAAUCCAAGGUGCCCCUCGUCUUUGCAGAGUCAAAUUAUCGAGGCGCUUGAAUUCCAUGUUGUACCCAUCGCCGCACAACUCAGUGAGCGCCGGCCGAUCACCGAAGGCGAUUGGCAGUCGCAGACACUCCCUGAUGUAAGCGGUGAGACGCCCAUUCUGGACUUGCUUGUCGACAGAACAUUCGCAAUGCCUUCAGAGAGAAAGAUCAGAACGGAUCUUUUAAGAAUCAUCAUGAGCGUUCUGAGUCAGUCCGCUAGUAAUAACGGCCGCUGGGUGGAAGAAUUUGUCAAGAGAAUGAAUGUCACCCUGACUCCCAGCGAGCGCCUUCCUGUCGGACCCAUCAGCUUCAAAAAUAUUGCUUUCGUCUUCUUUGCGUGCACCGCAAGCAUGCCACUUGCCCUUUUCGAUACACUUCGAGAGGUCGUGCUUGUGAAUAUAGCACCCUCCUCCACCGUCGAAAAUGUCACAGAGAUGGUCAAAUCAGACAGCAAGCUUUUCAACUCAAACACCGGGAAGCAUUGGCUAAGACAGUACGAUAACAAGAGUGAGGUUCUUGCCUUUGUACUCACGAGGGCAAUCACCGUUCUGGGGCAGAAGGACUUUUCCACCGGUGGAGAAGUCACCGUCCCGGACUUACAACAAUUUCUUCUUAGUGUGGCCAGUCUAUUGAUCCGUCAAGGCGAUCCAAUUUACCCCCUUGUUGAGAGGCUAGGAAGCGUUGAGGUCCGGACCAGUCGAGAUGAUUGGCUCAAUUGGAGAGAAAAUUGUAUGCCUGUUGUCCAAAGCUUGAUCACAAGGAUUGAGGACAUGCGGCGGCAUCAGCAAUUCAGUGGUGUACUUCCGAACACGUUCCGUUUGCGGAUUCAGCUACUGAGAAUGCCGUGUUCUUCGCCUAAAGAGCCCUCCAUUGCGUCGGAGGUUGACAACUUCGCAUCAAGGGUCUCAGAUCUAAUCGAUAUCCUGUUGUCACGCCAACUACCUUAUCACGAUGAUUUCUGGCUCCUCAAAGACACAGUCAUCAAGAUUGCGAACAACUUGGAACCAUUGGAUGUUGCGUUCAAGCUGGGUCGACUUGAUGAAGUUUCAGCAUUAAAGGCUCCGCCUAUGUCUGCGUAUCUUCGGAUGGAAAUUGUCUCGAGUCUAUUGGAGGCUGCAGAUGAUUCGGGGGAGGCCUCGACGCGAAAUGGCCGGCUGAUUGUGUUUGGGCUCAAAACAUCUGCCGCAGAGGGAUUCAGGGAAAUGGGUUCCAGGCUUGAGGUCAAGUUGAUGAAGCAGGGGUUGAAGGGAUGGUUUAUGAAAGCGCAGUCAAAGCAGUUAUAG